AUGGGAAUAGACUCGCAGCGGGACCGUGACCAACGGGUUGCGAAGCUAUGGGAAACCCUAGAUACUCACGACGAGGGCCAAGUAGACCUCAAGGGCUUUAAAAAGGGUUUAAGGAAAAUGGACCACCCUCUUAAAAACGCAGAUGACCUGGUGGAAGACGUCCUUUUACAUGUGGAUACUAGCGGGGAUGGGAAGAUACAGUUCAACGAAUUCCGCGCUUUCGUCGAACGUGCUGAAAAGGAGCUCUGGCGGCUCUUUGAAUCCAUUGACCAUGACCGUAAUGGACACCUUGACAAGGAAGAGUUACGAACUGCGUUUGCGAAUGCUGGCUUGACUAUCCCUAAGAAGAAGUUGGACGAGUUCUUUAUCCAUGUCGAUACCAACAAGGAUGGUGUAAUCACUUUCGAUGAAUGGAGAGAUUUCCUCCUUUUUCUACCCGCCGGCACCCCUAACCUCGGCGGUUUAAUAUCGUAUUACGGCGCUCUUGGAAACCUAAACUCAGAAGGAGAUGUGCACAUAAACGAACCAUUUCAAGGCUCAGGUACAGAACCCGAUUUAUUAAACACAAUCCCACCCGGCUUGUAUCAAAUUCCCUUCCCAACAUUUCCAAGUUCCUUGUCGGACAACGCAGUGACCCAAUUAGGUCCUGAGGCUCAGCCCACGCAUCAUAAGUACUACUACAGCCUGGAGACAGCUCCUUUUCUCACUGACGAUGAGCUGGAGUGGCUUGUUCUUCCAACCGCCGUCUCGCUAUGGUUGUGGUAUCAAUCUAGCCUACAAAUAUUGACGGAAAGCACCCCUCACAUAGGUUAUUUCCUUGCGGGUGGAAUGGCGGGUUGCGUAUCAAGGACAGCUACUGCACCCCUCGAUCGUUUGAAAGUAUAUCUUAUCGCCCAGACCGCCGUUAGGGAUACCGCUCUUAGUGCAGCAAAAUCCGGCCACCCUCUGGAAGCUUUGAAGAGAGUAGGCAUGCCGCUCAUAGAAGCCACCAAGGAUCUAUGGCGCGCCGGAGGGAUACGGAGUUUGUUUGCCGGGAACGGCUUGAACGUGGUGAAAGUUAUGCCCGAAUCCGCGAUUAAGUUUGGUGCAUAUGAGGCUUCAAAACGCAUGUUUGCCAACCUCGAAGGACACGGCGACACAAAGAAUCUGCUUCCAACUUCACAAUUCCUUGCGGGUGGUAUCGGAGGAAUGGUUUCCCAUCGCAUGCAAUGUGAAGUGGUUGAAGGUGGACUACAAGGCAACCGCCUCAUAAUGGCCACCGCCAAAUCGAUGUGGACCAGUAACGGAUUUCACUCUUUCUUCCGCGGCUUGCCACUGGGAUUGAUUGGAAUGUUCCCAUAUGCGGCGAUCGACCUCACCACCUUUGAAUACCUAAAAUCGAUUCUUUUAGCUCGCAAAGCUAAAUUAUACCACUGCCAUGAGGACGAUGUACCUCUUAGCAAUUUCGCAACUGGUGCUAUCGGAGCCUUUAGCGGUGCCCUGAGUGCUUCAAUAGUUUAUCCUAUGAAUGUUCUCCGCACACGACUACAGGCACAGGGCACCGUGCUGCACAGCCCUACAUAUACGGGCAUUGUCGACGUGACGCGCAAAACGUUGAGUCAGGAGGGGCUACGCGGGCUCUUUAGAGGGAUCACGCCGAAUUUGCUCAAAGUCGCCCCGUCUGUGUCGAUUAGCUAUGUCGUGUACGAAAACUCGAAGCGUUUAUUGGGUUUAGCGUAA